UGGGUUUGGCAUUUACGCCUUGGUCGUAAGCCGAUGGAAUUGUUGUUACUCAAUGGUCGGCAACCUGAAACUGUCCUGAUAAUACCAACUCCGUCGAAAUAUCUCCGACGUGGAUUUUGAUGUGCGAGCGGGACACACCUAGCUUACUUAGUUUCUAGACUCGUCGCUCUUUUUUUCAGCUUUUGCUCUCCUACACGUUCUCUUUUCCGAAUGCCUUGCCCAAAGCUCACUCCUCUUCAGGCCCGCUUUGCUGCCUGCCUCGCCGCCACUCUUUUUCUCAUCUUCCUCUAUCUCAUUCCCUUGAACAUACGAUUCGCAUACGCAAUUGAUGUUGAUUCGAUAAUACGCGAAGAUCAUAACCAUCCCAUCAUACUAGAUUUGGAUACACCGUUCGGAGUUGCGGAACUUGGAGCUCAGGAGCAUCCUGAUGUGCUGGCUAAGGAGGAUCUUCAUCAGAAUGUUAGCCUUGUAAGGAGAGCACCUGAAGGAGUGGACGCGCUGGCGAACAAUGCACCAAGGUUGAAAAAUAUCAGGAUGGGAGAAACCCAGUACUGGAUGAUUCCUAAAGACGUGCUGACCGGCCCAAAGUCUCCACGUUCCCCAGGGCUACCGACGGUCGUUCAGCCAAAGAAUGAAGAACCGGAAGCUGAUGGCAUACUGUUCGAAAGAGAAAGAAAACGCGAUGGGGGAUUAUCUCGUCGAUCUACUACUGUUUACGUUACGUUGAAUACCUGUAUUCAACCCUCAUUGAACGCCACUCAACGAUCGGAUGAUUCUUCUCCUCCGCAGCUUCAGCUCUUUUACUCUGAAGAUGGUUCAGUAAAAGAACCUGGUCCAGAUACUCCUGAAGUUCUGUCUAUUGAUUUUGACGAUGGAUACGCUUCUGCAGAGAUACAGGCGGAUGGAGAUGUGUACAUCGGAGUUUUUGCUCCCACCCAUCCGAGAUAUCGUGGAAUGUAUAACUACGAAGUUGCAGCAUCUGUGGAUGCUCCUUUCCAUAGCGUGGAACCCGAUACACCCUUCUUAUAUUUUGUCGACAGUGACAGCCAAGCAGCUUUGCUUCAGACGAAUGCUACGACUGCAGCGAAACCAGGAGAUGAAUCGUAUAAAGAGUGGAUGAAACUAGAUCCGCCGCCAUUUACCAUGUUUGCGCAUAAUAUGAACAGUUCAGAUAUCUUUGGAAUCCAGAAAUCGUAUUGCGGGCUUAGCAAGAAUGCGCAGAUGAGCCGAAUAGGUGGUAGCCUCAAAACCGGGAUGACAAAUCGUGGCCUGACGCCUAAGGAACAAUUCUACAUCACAGGGCUUAAUCGCAGCUCGGGGUACUAUGGGAUUCUGGCCAUGGAAGGAAACUCAACUGCGUCCGGGAAUGGUGUUGUCGGUGGAGGUGGUAAAGUCUGGAAAACGAUGAAUUUUACCACUAAGUCAGACAACAAUUGUGCAGUGGUAUACGACCUCAAAUUCUGCUCCGAAGUCGCCUACGCGGUCCCGUCCAACCCGGCUCUCAAUGUCUCUCAGCUCAUGAAACUCUACGACGACCAUGCCGCCAAACUAUAUAAAAAUUUCUCAUAUUCUCUCCAGCAAAUCCCCUGCAAUGCUUCCUCCUCCUCAAAAUACUCUCUCGCUCGCGACUGUGAUGAUUGUGCAUCUGCAUACAAGCAAUGGCUCUGCGCCGUAACCAUUCCUCGCUGCCACGAUUUCUCCAGCAGCCUCUCAUUCCUUCGCCCUCGUAAUACGGGCCAAAAUUUCUUAAAUGGAAGCAUUUUACCCGAUGAUCACCCUCUACGACAAAACGUCCUCACAAAUGCAUCCCGCAACCCGUUGAUUGACGAAGAAAUCAAACCCGGGCCGUAUAACGAAGUACUGCCAUGCCGGGAACUUUGUUAUGAUUUGGCACAGAGUUGCCCCAGUGCGUUGGGUUUUGGGUGUCCGACAAACAAGUGGCUGAAUUACUCGUACGGGAUAAUGAGCGAUAAUGGAGAUGUUACGUGUAGCUAUUUGGGGGCGGCAUACUUUAUGAGGAAUGGUGCCCUGAGCAUUGCACAAGCUGGCGCUAGUAUGGGAUUACUUGGUUUGGGUUUCUGGUGUCUCGUUUGGGGCCUUGUGUGACCCCUUCCUUUUUUUUUCUUUUUCUUUUUUCUUUUUUUUGUUCUUUGGACGGAUUCAAUUGCCUAUGUUCAGGCUAUGUUAUCGACUCCUUGGUUCGUGUGUAUAGAGCUUUUUUUAUAUGGCCUGAAUGCCUAAUUAUA